AUGAGAUAUAAAUAAAGUAGUCCCAAAUGUGGUGAAGUAACUGUUCCUUAAAAUGAUAAAAUUUAAGGAAAAAACUCUGAUUUACAUAUAUAUGUAUCAUAUACAAAUGAUGAAGAUGAUGAUUAUAUAGCCAUAGCUAGUUGGUGUUAAUUUGUUGAUGGUCUAGGACCUACUCAUGGUGAAGUUAACUUCAAUUUAAAUUUUAUGGGAAAAAAAAAUAUUAAUGAUCCUAUAGAAUUUGAAGAUUUAAUGGAAUUACUUAUCCAUGAAAUUACUCAUAUUUUAGGUUUUAGUAAUUCAGAUAUACCUAAAUGGAUAACUCAUAAUAAAACUCCUCAUAUUGAACCUACUAUUAAAUAAUCUAUAAGGGGAGUUGAACAUUUACUAAUUAAAACUCCUAAUGUUUUGGAGUUUGCUCGUCAAUAUUUUGGAUGUCCUACUUUACUUGGUAUGCCUUUAGAUUAUUCAGAUGACUAUUAAUCUUCAGAUUCUCAUUGGAAAAGCACAGACAUACAUAACGAAUACAUGAAUACAUUUACAUCAAUUACUUAGGCUUAUUUUAGUGGUUUUACAGCUAAUCUUUUAAGGGACACUGGCUUCUAUUUUCAAAUCAACGCCUCUAUGGAAGAAAAAACAUUCUAUGGAAAAGGAGCAGGAUGUGAACACAUUUUAGGUAAAUGUAAAUCAUCAGGAAGAGAAUAUUGUGAUCCUAAAACUGACUAGGAUUUAUGUGAUUAUUACCAUCAUGGAUCUUCUAUUUGUAAAGUUGGAUAUUAAAAUGAUGCUGAUUGUAAUACUUUAAAUGCUUUCGCGAAUGCAAGAUGCUGGGAUACUAAAAGUAAUUUAAACACAGUAAGAGCUUAAGAAAAUUAAAGUGUUAAAUUUGGGACUGAUUCGAGAUGUUUUAACGCGGAUUUAUGGAAUUAAAAUAAAGGCAAAAGUCAAAUCAAAAAAAAAUCAGGUUAUUGUUAUAAAUAUGAAUGUAGUUCUAAUGGAUAAUAAGUAAAUAUUUGGGUCGGAUAAACUAAAAUUAUUUGUAAGAAAAAUUAGGAAAUUUUAAAUGUUAAGGGAUAUAGUGGACAAAUAUAAUGCCCUGAAAAUAUAUAAGAUUUUUGUGUGUUUAAAAAAAUGUGUCCAAAUUUCUGUAGUGCAAAUGGAUAUUGCUUAAAUAGUAAUUGUUAUUGUGCUAAAGGAUUUUCUGGAAUAGAUUGCAAUACUAAAUUACCUACUUUAAAUAAAUUAUGA